ACUUGCACUCACUCCUUCACCUCAGCUGACGACUUCAUGGUUUUUGUGGCGUCUUACCACUUGAAACAUUUCUAAGUAUUUACAGCAGAAUCACGGUGGUUUGUGUCGUUUUAAUUUAUGGGGAAGAAAAUGUUGAAGUCGGUGACUGUGUUUAUAUUUCUGUCAUGGACAGCAGUGACGGCCAAAUACGUUGCCCCUGUCUACAAGGCAGUUGGUGGCAAAGUCGUCCUCACACCCUCGCCCUCUGCGGUAAAGCUCAGUGAUCCCAUCACCAACAUCACGUGGAAACAUGGACCUAACAUCGCUGUGGAGUGGUACGGAGGCCGCAAUUUCACUUACCACCUCUUCGAAGGUCGCAGCAUGCUGAAUAGUUCAACUGGAGCGCUCACGAUCACCGAACUGACUCGAAACGACAGCGGCAACUUCACACCAGAGAUCAACGGCCAAGUCACCAAAGCGACUCUUCUCCACGUCAUCUCUCCUGUCCCUAAACCCACCGUCUCCACAUGGUGUGACACUGAGAUGACCUACUGUGUGUUCACCUGUGAAGGCAACACCACAGAGACUGAGCCAUUCACCUAUGGAUGGUCCGCAAGUGACAUGGUUUGGCUGCCUUCAUCCAAGACGCGCAAAGUCACAGAGGAGGAGGAAAUGGAGCCAACUUUCUGCUGUAUAUUGGAAAACCCAGUCAGCUUCAAAUACAGUGAAUAUGUCCGUAACCCCUUCUUUUUUGAUCAAUCGAGUUUGAUCUUAGCCAUCUUCAUCAUGUCGAUAGUGGUGAUUCUGCUUUUGGUUGCACUCUUGGUUGUAUGCAUAUGCAGAAAAGUUCGAGAAGCUAAAGGAGCGCCUCAAGAGACCUCAGCAAUGAUGUGGAAAGGCCCGGCAGCAGUGGAUGAAGAGGCAGCACAUGGCUCACAGACAUGAAGUACUCUUUGUGUUUAAGAUUUCAGACAGGCUGAGGGGGGUUUCACCUCUGCAUGUAAAUGCUAAAGCUGCUAAACGUAGCGCUACAUGCAGACACCUGGGUCCAGGACUGUACUCCUAAUCUACUGCAAGGCGACAAGUUUUGGUUGUACUUUUUUUUUUUAUUUGUAUCAAGAAUAUUUUUUAUUUAAUUUUAACAUAUUUGCACACAAGAUCUGCUCCAAACAGGGCUGUAAUGGCAUUAGUGUCCCAGUUGAGAGUCGCAGUUCAGUAGUUAUUCAGUGAUGUACAUGACCAAAACAUAUGUGCAUGCGUUGAAGGUGUGUGAUGACAUUUGUCACAAGGGUCAAUAAUAUAUGAAGCUUAAAGCGUAUAUAUGACGAAGAACAAAGCAUGAAAUCCAAUCACAAUCCUCCCCAUUGCCCUAACCCCUACUAACAGCUGGGAUAUCGUCAAUAGGACAGCCCUCCAUCUCCUGUACACACCGUACACACUGACAGAAAGCAACAAGAAUUAUAGCUGCUGCGCAGCGAUGGGUCAAGUUUGGGCAUUUUUAGGCAAUUCUGAGCAACAAGCAGAAGAAUUGGAAGACAUUUAGGAAUUUAGCAACACAAUCUGCCUUUUGCAUCAGCUGAGGCUUGAACUCACAACCUCUGAGACUAAGAAUCAGUUUCUAUCUCACUGAGCUAAUUACUCACUGAGCUUUUUUAAUGAUUAUUUAUUUUUGCGUUUAUUUAUACUCUUUAUUUGUCAAAGUUAUAGUCUUUUACAGUAGAGGGGCUGUGUCUCAUAGAAACAAAAGAAAAAUUAAAGUAGCUACUGUGCGUCCCUGCCACCCCACGAUCCCAACAUCUCAAAUGGCAAAAACAACUAAAACAAACAAUAAAAAUAAUAAUAAAGUAAAUAUAACAGUAAUAUAAAUAAUAAUACAUGCAUACAUAGGAUUACUGCAAUAAAUAAUAAAGUAGAGGAAAUUAAAUGAAAUAAUUACUGUACUCUCCUCCAUCUUACGUCAAAUAGUUUAGCUAUAUUCCUAAUGUUUGGUUUGUCAUCUCCAUUUGAUAGAUCUCGUUAAUCGUGUCCUUCCAUUUGCUGAGUUUUGACGCCUCUGGUUUCAGCCAGUUUUUCAUUAUCUCUUUCACUUCAAGUGUUAUAUUCCAAAAAGAUACUAGCAGUGGUGUUCGGCCAAGUAAUAAUUGCUGGGGCCCCAAAGUUAGUGUGCACUGAAAUGCUGUCUAUCACUUCCCUUAUUUCUGUCCAAUGUUGCUGCAGAAUUGAACAGGAAUAGAAUAUGGGGGUAUUUUAGUUUAGUUUAUAAUUUUAUUUGAUUUAAUUUUUUUUUUUUUUUUUAAUAAUUUUCUUUCUUUAUUCUUUAUUGAAUUUUUGUUAGUUUAGUUUAGUUUAGUUUAUAAUUUUAUUUGAUUAUUUUAUUUUAUUUGACUGUAUAAUUUUCUUUUCUUUUAUAAUUUUCUUUUAAUUUCUUUUAUUGAAUUUUUGUUAUUUUAUUUUAGUUUAGUUUAUAAUUUUAUUUGAUUAUUUUAUUUUAUUUGUAUAAUUUUAUUUUAUUUUAUUUUAUUGAAUUUUAUUAUUUUAUUUUAUUUUAUUUUACUCUGUUGUCCCCGUUGUUUCAGUUUUGCUUUGUGAAGCUAAGAUAAGAUCAACUUUAUUUAUCCGGCACUGGGCAAAUUGACUUAUUUCAGCAGCUCCAAAAAGAAAAAGUGAUGAAUAAAAAUAAAACAAGAUUAAAACAUGACAAAAAAUACAAAUAAGACAAUAUAAAAAUAAAAUAAUAGCAGGAAGUUUUGCACAAUGGAAGACAGCAGCUAUUUUAUGGAUUAAAAUUCCUUGUGAAUGGCACUUUUAGAUCAUGCUCCAUGCUGUUUCAUUCCUUAUCCGUCCACCAGAGGGCGUCACAGGCUUUAUUAGCUCACCAGCUGUGUCUAAAUGUGAGUUUACUUCAGGGACAGUGUGUAAAGAUGGACGACACACUGACUUUAUAUAAUGAUGUGUAAAGAAUCCUUUAUUAACCUGCUUCACUCCUGGGCUGCUGUGUUUCGUCCAUCUUAAGUCUUUUCUUCUAUUUGUGAAAUCUGUUUUUAUUUAAUGUAUUAAGUUUAUUUUGCUUUGUUUUAUUUUUAUGUUACUGUAAUCGUUAUUUGUUGUUUCUAUUAUGACAUGAUGCACCUUUUCCUUUAAAACUAUAUGCGCACAACAUUGUUUUCAACACAGGUUGUCCCAGCUGAGUUUAUAACGUGACAAAAGUGACACCACACCUACAGCACAGGGGCUCUGUGGGUUAUUGUCACAGCGUCACUCAGUACACUCAUAUAAUGGAAGAGGCCUUUUCUGUCUUACAGCAGUGUCUGUUUACACUGCAACAUUCAUGUGAUAUCACCUGUUACACUGUGUGUUCAGUGAAGCAGCUGGUCAGCCUGUUCUCAACUCUACAUGCAUUUUUAUUGAUACAACUGAAUAAAUCUUAAAAAACAAGA